AUGUUUCAUAUGAAAUGUAUAUUCUAUUUGAUUUUUAUUCAUUGGAUUGUUGCUAUACCACAAAUCAAUCUUUAUUUUACAAAUCAAGUAAGCGAAAGUGAAAAUUAUGAUGAAAUUGGUAUACGAUAUAACUGUAUUCGACUUGCUUCAAAUAUGGAUCUAGACAAAUCUACUCGACAAAUCUCAUCUUAUUGUAUGAGUGAAUCAUCAUUGAAAUUUCAUAUUGAAAAUGAUAAUUCAUCUCAAACGUUUUCUUUUGCUAAACUUGCAAAAAUGAAUAUUACAAGUGAAGAUUUAUAUUUCUGGUCAACACCGAUUGAUAUUAUUGAACAAUAUGAAUUCUAUUUAUUAUCAAAUGAUUCGUCUUUCGCAGAGCAAAUCUUCUAUAAUUGUACAUUACCAAGAUUUGGAUCAAUGUGUCAAUAUGAAUUCUAUUAUUAUCAUGAAAAUUAUUCAUCAUUAUAUGAAAUGGUUUUUAGUUAUUAUGUCCAUUAUCUUUAUGAUCCGACUAAUUUAACUUGUUACACACAUUUGAAAUGUAAUCGCGGUUAUUCACCUGCAUGUUUAGAUUGGACAGAAAUUUGUGAUGGUAAAGUUGAUUGUCUUGAUGGAGAAUAUGAUGAAGAACAUUGUUGGGAACUUGAAUUUAAUGAAUGUAAACCAAAUGAAUAUCGAUGUAAUAUUGGACAAUGUAUACCAACCGAAUUUGUUAAAGAUGAUAUUUAUAAUUGUGAUUGUAUUGACGAAUCUGAUGAAAUUGCCAAAGAAUCUAUUAUUUUAGAAUCAUUUUUUCCAGUCGAACCAGCAUUUGGACGAGAUGAUACGAUCUGUCGAUCUACGUUUGUAACAAGUUCUUGUAUAUAUUCGCGUAGACUACCAUUAAUGCAAUCGAUGUUUUCAAUUAAAGAUAAUAAUGUAUCAGAUGAAUGUUGGUCAGCUUAUAAAUGUUACUUUGCUAUUAAAACUGCAGAACAUCCAUAUAUAACUUUUGAUGUUAUCAACGAAGAGUGUAUACCUAUCAUAAAUAAAACAUGUCCAGAUAUGUUAUAUGUUCCUAAUAUUCCAGUUUUCUUUGGUCAUAUUAAUACAGCUUACAAGAAAAAUGAAUUAUCGCAUCCAUUUGAAAUAGAACCACCUUAUUUAUGUUCGAAUAAAUCUUUUUAUGAUGAUUCACUUAGCUUAGUUUUAGAAACGUUGUUGAAUUAUACAAUGUGUUUUAAAUUUUCUCAACUUCAUUUUACGUCAGUCACCACAUCCGAUGCAUAUAAUACCACUGGUCGAUUUCAGAAACCUAUGGACAACAUUUACCAACAAAUGGAAAACUAUCAUCCAAUAAUUAGUUUUCCUCUACAUCGAUGUAAUGAAUCCAAUUUCUAUCAAUGCCGGAAUUCAUCCAAAUGUAUUUCAUUUCAUCGUUUGAUCAAUGGUGUAACUGAUUGUCCUUAUAAUGAUGAUGAAAAUAUAUUUGAAGAUACAAAUCCUCAAUUAUUCGCACAAGUCAAACACAAAUAUUACAAAUGUCACGUUACUAACAAAUAUAUUCCUCGAAUGGCCAUUUUUAAUAGAGAUUGUGAUUGUGAAUAUGAUAAUUAUGAUUUUUGUGAAGAUUUAGAUGACUACGGCAACUUUACUCGAAGAACUAUAUCUUUUCAGACAAUUUGUGAUGGUUUUCAGGAAUUAUAUCCAAUAAUGAUAGAUGGAAAAAAUCAAACAGAUGAAACUGAAUGUGAACAAUGGGAAUGUGAUAAUAUGUAUACUCAUUGUGAUAAAAUAUGGAAUUGUUUAGAUGGUAAAGAUGAAAUGAAUUGUGAUUAUUCAUUACCACCAUUAAUUAAUUGUUCGUC